GACAUGCGCAGAUACAGCCAGCUGUGAGGACGAGUUUGACAGCAGCGCAUGGAAACCGCGAUGGGAAUAUCAAAUAGGUGGUAGCAGUUCAGCCUCAGCACCACCGCACAUCAAUUUUAAUACUGCAUACUCUCAAAACUUCCCUGGCGUACCCACAAUGUAAAAAGAGCCUGAGAUUUUGGAAUUACGUAGAAUGUCAGCGCUGAGAAAGGUGUUGCCGAGCAUACUGCAGAAGCAUUGCUGUAUCUUACCUGACAGAAACACAGAAUCACAGUGUACACUGUGUGGUGAGCCGGAAGACCAGCAGUAUUCAUGGUCGCCAUCCCAGUACUUCGAUGAAGACAGCUACUCUCCCCCUCCCAAGAAUAUGAAGGGUCUAUCUGGCGGCCGGCCUCAGCUACAGAUCUCGUCAGCGCACACGUGCGGCAUCUCCGACUGCGAGCACGCCUUCGACCACCUGCAGCAUGGGCCAGUCGAUCCCCGCCAGUCCUACCUGCUCAGCCCCACCGAGAGCUGCCCGCUGGACCACCACCGCUGCUCGCCGCGCAGCUCCAUCCACUCCGAGUGCAUGGUGAUGCCCGUCUCCAUGGCCUCGGAUCACGUCUCCAGCAGCACCUUCCCCCGGAUGCACUACAGCUCGCACCACGAGGGCUCGCGGGACGACUGCUCCACGUCGCACGCCGGCGGGAGCAGCAGUGGCGUCGGCGGCAGCAGCGGGGGCGGUGGGGGUGGUGGUGGUGGUGGUGGUGGUGGCGGUGGCGGUGGCGGUGGAGGCAGCGGCAAGAUGAACCGCAUCCCGGCCAACCUGCUGGACCAGUUCGAGAAGCAGCUGCCCAUCCACCGCGACGGCUUCCACACACUCCAGUACCAGCGCACGUCCACCACGGCCACCAGCGAGCAGCGCAACGAGAGCCCCGGGCGCAUCCGGCACCUGGUGCACUCUGUGCAGAAGCUCUUCACCAAGUCUCACUCGCUGGAGGGCUCGUCCAAGAUGAACGGCACAAAGGGCGACUCGCGAUCCGACGGCGGCGGCCACCACCACCACCACGGCCACCACCACCACGGCCAUAGCCACCACAAACACAGCAAGCGGAGCAAGAGCAAGGAGCGCAAGCCGGACUCCAAGCACCGCUCAGGCAUGGCCGGCUGGUGGAGCUCCGAUGACAACCUGGACAGUGACAGCACAUACCGGACGCCCAGCGUCAUGAGCCGCCACCACGUGGAUCACAUCAGCCACUGCUACCCGGACGCAGUGCAGAGCCACUUUGGCGACCUCUCGUUGAAAACAUCCAAGAGCAACAACGACGUCAAGUGCUCAGCCUGCGAGAGCAUGGCCAUGGCGCCUGAGGGGAAGUUCAUGAAGAGGAGCUCCUGGUCCACUCUCACCGUCAGCCAGGCCAAGGAGGCUUACAGGAAGUCCUCCCUAAACCUGGAGAAACCUGUAAUGCCUCAGGACCUGAAGCCCUCCUUGAGGGCUUGUCAUUACCUGCAGGUGCCUCAGGAUGAGUGGGGUGGUUACCCCGGCAGCGACGGCAAGGACGACGAGAUCCCAUGCCGGCGGAUGCGCAGCAGCAGCUACGUCAAAGCCAUGGGCGACGAGGAGAGCGGCGAGUCCGACUCCAGCCCCAAGACCUCGCCGCAGAAGAGUGCCCGCUCCGACGCCCUCGUCAAGUCCGUCCUGCAGAGGCAGCUCUCCGACUCCCAGAGCUCGUAUCGUUUGGAUAAAAUGAACAGUGACGUGUUAAACUACAUCACCAAUUUCGCUGCAGAUCUAAGUCAGAGCUACCAUUUGCAAGCCACGAGAGACAUUCAUCCCAGCAUCACCCUGGAUCCCUCCGCCAACUAUAACUCCCCUAAGUUCCGUUCCAGGAACCAGAGCUACAUGCGAGCUGUCAGCACCCUCAGCCAGGCCAGCUGUGUCAGCCAGGUGAGCGAGACGGAGAUCAACGGGCAGUUUGAAUCCGUGUGCGAGUCGGUCUUCAGCGAGGUGGAGUCGCAGGCCAUGGAGGCCCUGGAUCUGCCGGGCUGCUUCCGCACACGGAGCCACAGCUACUUGCGUGCCAUCCAGGCCGGCUACUCCCAGGACGACGACUGCGUGCCCUCCAUGACAUCCUCUACCGUCACGUCCACCAUCAGAUCCACGACAGAGGGCCAUGAUUUGCUGGAAGGCACUAGUUUGCUUAAUGAGGACAGUUUGCCAGAUGACGAGGCAGAAAUAAUCUACCUGACCCGCCAGGAUCUAGGCCGUCCCAGGAGAGCCGAUAGGCUCCACAGCCAGCGGGCGGCCAGGGCGGCCGCCUCUACGGCUGCCACUCUGCCCUCCGGCGCAUCCUCGGCUGGCAUCGGCAUUGCCAGCAUCCCCCCAGCCAUGCAGGCCAACGUCCAGGAGACGGCCGAUCUGGCUGUGGCUCUGAGCCAGCAGUGGAGUGAGGACGUGUCAGCCAUGCGUCAGGAGCUGGCCGAGCUGCGCCGAGACAUCUGCACCGAACUGCGUGCCUUCAACAGCAACUUCUCCACCUUCACACAGCGCUACAACACCUGGUCCCCGAACUGGGGGAGGGAGGCCCCACAUCCCCCUGCCUCUGCUGGUGCCGGUUCCACCACCGCCGGCCUCGUGUCCGUCAGCACCCAGGCAAACAGCAAGGGCCUGGUGAGGCAGAACACGGCAGAUGCGGCCGUGAACUGCCCCUCGCCUGUGGACUUGAAUGUCAUGAACUCUCCAAGUCCAGAGCCUCCCAAAUCCAAUGUUCUACAUCUGCCCCAUUCAGGCUAUGGGGGCCAUGUGGUGGCAGAAAUGUGCGUUCCUGAAAGUGCCCUUUCAAGCCCAGAGUCAAUCGACCUUAUGGCAGAGUGUGUGGACUUUACAUUAGACCCUCAAUCUUCAGAGUUACGCAAUGUCAUAGACCCAAUGUUCCCUGUAGAAUCUUACGUUCCCCUUAGUCCCCCAUCUAGAGAACCAUGGUAUCCCGAGGGCACAGGCUCAUCUCCGGAGCCUGUGUACUCAGAGUCCGUAAGUCCAUCUCCAGAACUUAUAGAUCCAAAUCUCACAGAGUCCCCAACACCUCUGCAUGUAGAGCCCACCUUCCAAACACAGCCACUUCUAGAGUACCUUGACUCAGAUGUAGAGUCUCUGUCUAGUCCUGAACCUUUGGACAAAGCAGACUCAACCCAGGACCAUCCACAGCCUAUGGAGAUCAGCUUAACCAGCUCCCUAGAACUACUACAGUUAGAUAUUAGCUUCCCAGAUCCUCCACCACCAGUAACUAUGGACCCAGAGUUCCUGGCCAUGCCAGACCUGGAUAUGGAGAGCCUGAGCCCCCCCGAACCAGUAACCUUUGACUCCUUCUCAUGCCAAGAGAUGCUGUCUCCGUUCGACACUGCUGCUUUAGCUUGGAGCCCAGAGCCGUUGUCUGAGAGUCCAGUCCCCGGAUAUCCUCUAGAAUUAGAGGACAUCUCCUUACCUAAUACUGUAGAGCCAGAGCCCCUAAAUGUAUCAGUCUCCAGUAGCACUGAAACGCUGCCUCAAGAUGAAAUCGUCAUCUGCCUGACCGAUGCAGGCACCCUCCACCAUGCCGUCUUGUGCGCCGUCGAGGCAGACACCCAAGACUCAACCACCGAGUCUCUGGACGAGGAGGAGAUGCAAGAGGCAGAAUUCGUCUCUUCAGACAGUGAGAUCAUCAAUGUAGCCAGUCUCUAUUCAGAGGAGCCUGACCUCCCGGAACAAGACUCCAACCCGUGGAGAGAAACGCCGCCCUCUCCUGAGACCGUUCUCGGGGCUGAGUCUGGGUCGCCGCCAAGCCUCAGGCAGCCGAGCGCUGUGUGUUUGUUCGGGCAGGCCCUCCUGAGCAACCCUGCCUAUCAGUGCCCCUUCCAGUUCCCACCCUGUGAGCUCCAGGACCCCUUGGAUGCUCCUCAGCUGCUGCUGAGGAGCCAGUCUGAGACCCUCGAGAGCCUGGUCAGCUCCCCGUCAUGCAGUGAUUUCCUGUGGGUCAGGUGGCAGAAGAAGUCACAGGGACUACCUCCCUUGACAAGAAGUGCCAGUGUCGAGCUGUGGCACAGGAAGUUCUCAAACAACUCGCAGAUGUCAUACAUGUCCCUGUCACUUUAAUCAUGCACCUCAAAUGCAUAAGGGAAGUGGAAUAGAUGCAGACAGAGUUAAAGGGUGUGUGUGU